AUGCGGAUCUCAACCGGACAGCCACCCUCAAGCAGUCACACAGUAUCCAUCAACACAACAACAGUCUGCAAAGGUUGCUCAGCAACCACCUAUAACAUUGAAUUUGAUAACGAAGCAGGCAAAUAUGAAUGUCAAUUGCCAUUCAAAGACGAACAUUCGUCCAUCUCUGAUAAUUACGAUAUUGCUCAGAAACGUUUAAAUUCAUUAUUGAAUCGUUUGAAAAGAAAUCCUGAGACUUUGCAAGAUUCUAAUAACGUAAUUCAAGACCAAUUAAAUGCAGGUAUCAUUGAACAAGUUUCUCACAUUGACGAAUCUAAUGCAGGAAAUGUUUAUUAUAACCCGCAUAGAGAUGUUAUUAGCGCUGAUCGGCCAACAGCAAAAUUGCAAGUUGUUUAUGAUGCGAGCAGUAAAAGUAAAAACGAGACUAGCUUGAACGAACAUUUUGAUUCUGGGCCAAAUUUAGUGCCCUUGGUUUUCGACAUCUUAUUGCAAUUUUGCUCACAAAAGGCAGCCUUAAUUGGAGAUUUAGAGAAAGCGUUCCUAAAUAUCAUUAUCCACCCUAGUCAUGGAGAGUAUCUCCACUUCCUUCGGUAUGACGAUGUUUUUGUAGAUAAUCCAACACUAAAAACAUUUCGAUUUACGCGGCUUGUAUUUGGCCUAACAGGAUCUCUGUGUGUACUAAAUGCCACAAUUGGACACCAUUUGAACAAAUAUCGUCAAAUGUAUCUUGAGUUUAUUUCGACAGUCAAAAAUCCCUUAUACAUCCACGAUUUUGCAUCUUCACAAAAUUCUGAAGAACAGUGUUUUGAACUAUGUCGAAAACUCAAAACAAUUUUCGCAGAAGGAGGCUUUAACAUGCGCAAAUGGGCUUCUAAUAACAAAUUGCUAAUAUCUCGCAUCGAAGAAGCCGAAAAACAGAAACUCGAAAAAGAAAACAAAUUCGCAACAUAA